UCAAUAAAUGUCAUAUUAAUCAGUUUUCAUAAUAUACAAACUCCUCACAAGACAGUGAACCACAUUUUAAAUGGAUUUUACAAUGCAGCUUCGACGAGUUUCCUCAAAAACAAAAAUUAAGUUGACAAACUCAAAAAAAUCGUGCAAAAAACGAAAACAGCAAAACUGUAGAAAAAACGACAAAUGUGUGUGCAUGCCAAUGCAGCCAAGUUCUUUUGAAUUUCCCCGAAUCUGGAAAGAACUGCGUCUUAAAAAUCAGCUCUGUGAUGGAGUAGUCCACUGUUCUGAUGGUACAGAAUUCAAAAUACAUCGAGCUAUUCUCUCAGCUGCCAGUCCUUAUUUUCGAGCACUCUUCACAAAUUCCAUAAACAGGGGACAGCCUGAAACUUACGAAGCAAAUGUUGCAGCAUCUGGAAAAAUUUUCGCUUUACUUCUUGAUUUUGCGUACACGGGCACUUGUUCGAUAAAUUCUUCGAAUGUAGAGGACCUACUCAAAUUUGCUGAUCAAUAUGAGAUUCUUGGUGUUGUUCAACUUUGUUGCAGGUACUUGCUCGAUGAGUUAUGUUCGACAAACUGUUUGGGAAUCCUGCAUUUUGCUAAUCAGUAUUUCUGCAACGAUUUGGUCAAGCGUGGACAAAGAUUCGUCAAACACAAUUUUAGUAAAGUGUUAAUGGAAAGUAGCGAAUUUGUUCAUUUAGAUAAAAAUGAGCUUAAAGAAAUUAUAACUGAUGAUGAACUUAAUAUAAAGAACGAGGAAUUGGUUUUUGAGUCUGUGGUGAAGUGGAUCAACUUUUGUCCAAGAAGUAGGAAAAUCUACUUCUUUGAACUACUGCGAUGUAUAAGACUUGGAAAUAUGGCACGUGAUAAUCUCAUUGCUAUUGCUAGACACCCUUUCGUAGAGGAAAAACAUGAGUGUAAAGAAUACAUGGAAAAAGUCGUUUCUCAAAUUGAAACUAUAAUGUGUCCAGGAAAAAUCGAUAUUUCCAACGUCAUUUUUCGACCACGCAUAUCCUAUGACGUUCUUUUUGCAAUUGGUGGGUGGAGUGCUGGAAGUCCCACCAAUUUCGUAGAAACUUAUGAUGUUAGGGCAGACAGGUGGCUUUUAUCGUCAGACACAGAUUCAGUACCUCGAGCGUACCAUGGUUUGUGUACUUUAAAUGGUAUCAUUUAUGUAAUCGGUGGUUUUGAUGGUAACCAGUACUUCAACACUGUUAGACGUUUUAAUCCAGUAAAUCAUAUGUGGAACGAAUGUGCGUGUAUGUAUCAUCAUCGUUGCUAUGUCAGUGUAGUAAUGUCUGACAAUAAAAUAUAUGCUAUGGGUGGUUACAAUGGACGAAUUCGAAUGAAUACUGCAGAAAGAUACGAUCCGAUUAAAAACCAAUGGGAAAUUAUUCCUCCGAUGCAGAAGCAAAGAUCUGAUGCUAGUGCUGCUUCUCUCAACGAAAAAAUAUACAUUGUCGGAGGAUUCAAUGGUCAAGAAGUUAUGCGCUCUGCUGAAGUUUUUGACAUUAAAACAAGCCAGUGGUCAUAUAUUCCCCAAAUGAUUUCGGCAAGAUCUGGUGUUUCUUUAGUUGUCUAUGACAAUACUCUCUAUGCCUUGGGAGGUUUUAAUGGCUACGUAAGAUUAACCAGUGGUGAGAAGUACGUACCAGGAGAAUCUCCUUGGUGGACCGAAGUUUCAGAAAUGAUGACCCCAAGAAGCAACUUUGCGACUGUUAUUUUAGAUGAUUACAUCUAUGUUAUAGGAGGAUUUAAUGACAACUUCGUGUCAGGUUCUUCGACAAUCAAUUUCGUGGAGUAUUACGAUCCGGAAACCGACGACUGGUAUGACGCUUCGCCAAUGAAUCUCAACAGAUCUGCUCUGAGUGCUUGCGUCAUCAGUGGCUUACCAAAUACCAAGGAAUAUUCAGUUUUGGGUAGAAGUCAACAGGAAUGGGGACAAGGAGCUGAAAUUGGUACAACUUAAUGUGUUUGAAGAUUUUAAAAUAUGUGGUUCUUGCCUUUUUAUCUAUACCAUGUUUAUUAUUUAAAUUUGUCAGUUUUAUACAAUAAAUAUUAUCAUUUGAAA